GAGGGGGAUUCAGUUUCCUUAAAAAGAGCAUCAGUCCCACUGACGACACAAUCCAGUGUCUCGUCUUGGUCGACUGGUCUGUAGCCGCUCUGCUCAUUGUUACAUUGGAGUGCAGCACAGAAUGGAGCCGCCUCAGCCGGGACACAUGAGGCUCCGCAGGUGUGACAGCGCAGCCUCCAGGCCUCAGUUCUGUAACUCUCCCACCGUGAUUGUGAUGGUGGGACUGCCGGCCAGAGGGAAGACGUACAUCUCCAAGAAGCUCACCCGCUACCUGAACUGGAUCGGGGUGCCCACAAAAAUGUUCAACGUGGGCCAGUACCGCAGGGAAGCCGUCAAGAUCUACAAGAACUUUGAGUUCUUUAAACCUGAUAACGAGGAGGCCAUGAGGAUUCGCAAGGCCUGUGCUGCUGCCGCCCUCAAAGACGUCUCGGCUUACUUUGCAAAGGAAAAAGGACAAGUGGCUGUUUUUGAUGCUACCAACACCACCCGAGAGAGGAGGGCGAUCAUCAUUAGCUUAGCAAAGGAGAAGGGCUACAAAGUGUUCUUUGUGGAAUCGAUCUGCGAUGACCCAGAAAUCAUUGCAGAGAACAUAAAGCAAGUAAAAUGUGGGAGUCCGGAUUACGUGGACCGAGACGUCGAUGAGGCAAAUGAAGACUUCCUGAAGCGUAUCGAGUGUUACAGAGCAAACUACAUGCCCAUAGACGAUGAGAAGGACAGGAAGCUCUCGUACAUUAAGAUCUUCGACGUGGGCAGCAGGUACCUGGUGAACCGGGUCCAGGACCACAUUCAAAGCAGGAUCGUCUACUACCUCAUGAACAUCCACGUCACACCCAGAUCCAUCUACCUGAGCCGCCACGGAGAGAGCGAACUCAACCUACUGGGUCAGAUCGGAGGAGAUUCAGGACUCUCGCCCAGAGGACAGAAGUAUGCAAACGCGUUGGCCGCGUUCAUCAGGAGUCAGAGGAUCAGCGACCUGAAGGUGUGGACCAGUCACAUGAAGAGGACCAUCCAGACUGCAGAGGCUCUGGGAGUCCAGUAUGAGCAAUGGAAGGCCCUCAAUGAGAUAGACGCUGGUGUAUGUGAGGAGCUCACCUAUGAGGAGAUUCAGGAGAAUUUCCCAGAAGAGUUUGCACUGAGAGACCAGGACAAGUACCGAUACCGUUACCCCAAGGGUGAAUCCUACGAGGACCUGGUGCAUCGUCUGGAGCCGGUGAUCAUGGAGCUGGAGAGGCAGGAAAACGUCCUGGUAGUUUGCCACCAGGCUGUGAUGCGCUGCCUGCUCGCCUACUUCCUCGACAAACCUGCAGACGAGCUGCCCUACCUGAGAUGCCCCCUCCACACGGUGCUCAAACUCACACCGAUAGCCUACGGAUGUAAAGUCGAGCCCUUUUUCCUCAAUAUCGAAGCCGUGAACACACACAGAGAGAGGCCGGGGAUCGUCGACAUCAACAGAAAACCAGAGGACGCUCUGCAGACUGCUCCUGAACACAUAUAAAUACUGUUUUUAUGAUACUUAAUAUUAGACAUACACUCCUACUAAAUGUAUAAAGGGUCAAGACAUAAGACGGGGAGGGCUGUAAGGACCGGGGGAUCCAGCGUCUUCAUUUAAAGAAGAACAUGUCCUCCCCCUCUGCAGCGACUGAAAAAGUAUAAAACAGGACAUUCUGUUUUUAGCAUGCCUGUCUAAUGUCCCUGUGUCUGAUUGGACUAGUUUGCCUUCCUUAACGCCAUGAAAGUGUCUGAUUGUUUACAAAAAAGAAGAAGAAAUAAAUGCACUUUGUUUUCGCAUAAAGAAGAAAAAGAUGAAGCAGUGUUGUCACUGUAACUUUGGUCUACAUUCACUUUUUGAUAACUUUUGUACUAAAGAAUGUGUUAAUUAUAAUUUAAUUAUGAAGGUAGAUAUCAGCACCAUGGACAGCACCCAAACAAACAAAACCCCUUUGUUGUAGAUUGAAGGAACCUGACUGUGAACUUUGUAAAAAGUCAGGCAGGUUUGAUUUAGAUGUAAAUGAAGUAAUCCCUCCAACAUGUCAUCGUGCAGAAAUAAAAGUACAUGUCAGAAACAAA